UCCAAAGGAAUUCUUGCUUGUUUUCAGCAAAUGCCUGGUUAUGCUGGCUAAUGCUUUGAAUGUCUUGUCAGCAGCCAGGUUUAAGGGCAAAUGGAGCCUGUUGAGUUUAUAGAAUUUAUUUGCAACUGAUUUGACAAUAACUGGUUGAUCCUUAUAAAUUUUGAUGUAAUGAAAGUAGUCCAGUUUUUCUUCCUAAAACUGACCAUUUAAUUUGUUUUCUAGUGACACUGUGUUAAUAUGAAAUUUCCUUGAGAGUAAAGUUUUCACUAACUACCCAUUUGUUCUUUUUUCCUCUUUCCCUCUGCAUUUGUCUCUCCCUUGAAUAUAUCUGUUGUGUAAUGUCAUAUUCACUCAUGGAUUUGCCCUUGAGAAUAGACUGUUUGCAUGUGCCCACCUUCACCACUCAUCCGUUGCACCUCAUCUUUUUCCCCAAACCUGUUGCCAGUCCCUGAAGUGGACUUGCUGUCAGAUAUUUCAGAGGAAGACCCUUUUGGGGAGGCUGACCAGAUCACACUAGACAGCUUAGAGCUCAUUUCCACAGGUGAAACAUCAGAGCAGGGAGACUCUGAGCUUACCACCUUGGACUCUGACUUGGAACCUGUUAUAGUUCCUUCUCAGCCUGACUGUCCUCAUCUCAUCCAUGAGAAAACUCUUAAAGUGACUAGCCACAGGGAUUCAGAGUUUGGUUACUUCUCUUUUAGCUUCUACAAAUGUUUUCCCUCUGGCUUUCCCUCCCUUCUGGAUGAAGAUGGGUAUCUUGCUUUCCCCAGCCUCCCCAAGCUCUGGGUCUCCUUCCUCCCUCCUGAUGUUCAACACUACGUCCCUAUCACAUCUCCUUCCUUCAUUCCUUCCCUUGUCCUCAUCUUUGGGUUGCUUCUCUCGGCUUCUCAGUCUGUUCCUUUUUCUCUUACCUUUGCGCUUCCUCUGGCUUUAGCCCUCUGCUAUCUGGAGGCUAAAGCCACCCCCUGUAAUGUUUUUUGUGAGUAUGACUGGAAUGACAAAACAGAGGAGGAAGAAGUGAUCGCUGGCAGUCCUCCAUAGCUGCAUUUUAUAAAGUCAACCCAACUCCAUUAUAUACCCUUUCUAAUAUAUAGAGUGUAAACAUGUGCAUAAUUUUCACUGCUUGCCCUCAAUAUCAGUUCAUACUUUCGUAUAUGCAACACUUUAGUGCAUGAGAGAUAAGUAUAAGCACUUGUUGUCCUUUGACCAGCUCCACACAUUCUCAGUUGAGAACAAAAUGAUAGGAUUCUUUUAUAAAAUCAUCCCUUUUUUUGUUUUUAAAGA